AUGUCUGCCAUAACGUAUAUUACAAGAAAUAAUCAAAAAGUUCCUAGAAUAUUCCUAAUGCAUUUGAAAUACUUUGUCUAUCACAGUUUCGUGUAAUGACACCUAUUUUAAUAAGUAAAACAAUAAAAUUUUUCCAUUUCUGCUACUUCCUGUAUUCUCUGUUUAUUACUAUUAAUACUUAAAGUCGAUCCACAUUAAAUAUAUUGAUAAUGUUCUAAACUUUUUAAAUUGGAUAAACUAAUGGUAUAGGGAAUUAAUUAAUUCAUAGUUAAAAGCUUGAAAUUAAAAAUUUUUAUUUUUAUUAUUAAAUUUUUAAUUUUCAAUGACUAUAUUAACUUAGAUACAUUACAUAAAGAAAUAUUAAUUAUUUAUUACUGUAUAUUUUUGUUAUUAACUUAUUAUUUCUUCAUAUGUAAAAAAAGUUUGUUAGGUAUUUACUAGAUAACAUUUCUAAUCCUGUUCUCGCAACAUGUAAUGUAUAGAAAAUAGCAGCAAUUGUAGAAAAACUUACGACAUGUGCGCAUUGUUUUAAAUUAACUCUACAUUUUCACGCGUGAAUUUGUAUUAUAUAUAUUAUAUACAUUAUCUACUAAAGGUAAAAUUUAUCUAUAAUAUUUAUCUAUAUAUAUUUUAUGUAUUUUUUAAUACAAUAUAAAGAGAAAUAUCAGUUAAUAUCAUUCGUUAAAUCAAUAACUUUUUAUAUUUUUAUAUAUUUUAAUGUUAUAUUGAAAAUAAAUAAAUAUAUUUUAAAAUAUUACCUAAAACUUUACCUUAAAUUUUAAAUUAAUGUAGCAUUCAUAUAAAAUGCAUACAUAUAGUAUGUACAACACAAGACUAUAGUAACUGCUUUAUGUAAAAGUUAACCUAUAUUUUUUAUGGGGAAUUGUUCAAAAUAAUAUAAAUAAUGUUAUAUUAUUUUAAAAAUUAAUAUUAGUAUUUUACAAUUAUGAAUAUGAACAAUGUUUGAAUAUUAAAUCUAUUUUUAAAAAAUUUUUGCCUAUACCACACGUGUUUUGCUUCUUGUUUAUUUAAUUUACAAAUAUAUAUAUUUAUUUUUCGAAUAUUCUUACAUAAUUAUAUAUUUGAAUUUUACAUAAAUUUUCUAAAAUAUAUUAUUUAUUCAUAUUAUCAAAAAAUAUCAUAAAAGGUUAUGCUUAAAAAAAUUUCCAUGGGUAAUUUGUGUAGUCUUUUGUAAAAAUUUCAUUUUUUGUUGCAUGUUUUAUUAUUAAAUUAUUUGACAGCUUUUUUUGUUACAAAACAUGAUUUUUUUUUAUAUUUCUAUGUAACAAUCAAGAUUAAAUUAUAUUACAAUAUAAAUAAGAAAAAUGGAUUUGGAUAAGGAAAAACAAUUUGGUAAAGGAAGAGGAUCUAUUCUUUUGAAAUUCCUAAAAGAAAAAGAAAAAUUUGAAAGUGAAGCUAAAUCGCAAAGUAUAUUAGGUUAUUGUAGCAGCACCAAAGAAUCAGAACAACAAAAUCAAGUGCAAUAUGAUGUUCCUACUUUAACUGAAAUUCCAUCUAGUUCUACAGCAGGAUAUGGAAGAGCUAGUUUAUUAAGCAAAGUAAAAGCAAUGCAUUUUGCUGAAGCACCAAGUAUUAAGCCAGUACAAAUAGAAAGUCAAGGUAGAGGAUCAUUGAUUAGCAGAUUUAAAACCACUAGCUCAGCUGAACAACCAAGUGCCUUACAACCUUCUGUUGAUGCAGGAGUAUUAGGUACAUUAUCUGAGAUUACAAUACAAGAAGAUACAAGUUCUUCUGAAUUAUCUCAUCCAACAAAACCAAAACUUCGACAAGGAACUAAUGGAAGUUCGAUAAAAUUAAGUGGUAAUUACAUAAAUCUCAAAUUAAGUCCUGGGAAAGGAUUGUUUAAUUAUGAAGUUAAGUUUAAUCCAGAUAUUGAUUCAAGGCCAUUUCGUAGAAAACUUCUUAAUCAGCAUUUAGAAACAUUUGGUCGAACAAGAGUAUUUGAUGGAGUAACACUAUAUUUACCACAAAAGUUACAGAAGGACAUAACUACACUUGAAUCUAUUCACUCUAUGGAUCAGUCAAAAGUGGUAUUAAAAAUAAUAUAUAAAAAACAACAAACUAUGUCUGAGAAUAUUCCAUUUUUCAAUAUUCUACUUGGUCGUGUUUUGCGAGCUCUCAGUUUAGUUCGUAUUGGCCAAAAUAAUUUUAAUCCAAAGGGAAUACAAGCUGUACCACAACACAAGUUAGAAGUGUGGCCAGGCUAUGUAACAGCAAUUAGUGAAUACGAAGGGGGCUUAAAGUUAUGCAUAGAUACACGACAUCGUAUUAUGCGUACUGAAACGAUACGUGAUAUAAUGGUCAAGUUUGGAGGAAAACCAAAUUUUAAAGAUAGUAUUCUGAAGGAAUUAAUUGGACUAUCUGUUUUUACAAGAUAUAAUAAUAAAACUUAUCGUGUUGAUGAUAUUGCAUGGGAUAAAGAUCCAACAUAUGAAUUUGAGAAAGGAACUGACAAAAUUUCUAUACUAGAUUAUUAUAAAUAUCAUUGGAACUUAGAGAUAAAAGAUAUGAAUCAACCACUUUUAGUUCAUUGUGACAAAUUUAAAUCAUCUGCUGGUGAAACACAAGAAAAAAUUAUAUUAUUAGUUCCUGAAUUAUGUUACUUAGCAAGUUUGAGCGAAAGCGUCCGUUCAGAUUUUAGAAUAAUGAAGGAUCUCAUGACAUUGACUCAAAUGACUCCAAAUGCCCGACGUGAUGUAAUUAAACAUUUUAUAGCAGAAGUACAAAAUAAUGAUGUACCACGAGAAAUAUUAGCUGAGUGGGGUUUGCAACUAGAAUCUGAUGUAGCGGAAUUUACGGGCAGAAUUUUUGAACCUGAAUGUAUUACCUUUGGCAAUAAUGCAAGAUUUAUACCUGAACGUGCUGCAGAUUGGAGUUCUGUAGUAGCUAGGAAUGCUCCUUUAAGAAUUGUAUGUCUGUUAAAGAACCACAUUUGGUUUGCUUAAAAGACGAUAGAAUUGAAACAUAUGUGCAAGCAUUAAGAAAAAACAUUCAGCAAACAGUUAACCUAAUGGUCAUUGUAUUUCCUACAAAUAGAAUUGAUAGAUAUUCUGCAAUAAAAAGAGUAUGUUGUGUAGAAAUACCUGUACCUUCUCAAGUAAUUAUGUCUAGAACUAUUUCUCGUGGUGACAGAUUAAAAAGCAUAACGGAAAAAAUUGCUUUACAAAUUAAUUGUAAGCUGGGUGGAGCACUUUGGGCACUGAAUAUACCUAUGGACAAUUGCAUGAUAUGUGGUAUAGAUGUAUAUCAUGCAGGUUCUGGCCAGUCAAUGAAAGGAAGUGUUGCAGGCUUUGUAGCAAGCCUAGAUAGGGCAUUGACUACUUGGCACAAUAAAGUUUGUAUACAAGGUAAACGCCAAGAAAUAGUAGAUAUGUUGCAAAUGUGCUUAAUUUCAGCCAUAAGAGCCUAUUAUAAGCAUAAUAAACGUUACCCAGAUCGUAUUAUUAUAUAUCGAGAUGGAGUUGGCGAUGGACAAUUAGAAGUCAUUCUCAAAUAUGAGAUAAAACAACUAUUAGUAACAUUUAAAACUGUACAAGAAAAUUAUGAACCAACAUUGACCGUAAUAAUAGUUCAAAAACGCAUUAAUACCCGGAUAUUUGAGAGAUCUGGUAUGGGAGUAAAGAAUCCUCCUCCAGGAACAAUUGUAGAUUCCUGUAUAACAAAAUCAGAUAUUUAUGAUUUCUUCUUAGUUUCUCAGAAUAUACGUCAAGGUACAGUAUCACCAACUCGUUAUAUCGUUAUAUAUGAUAAUAAAAAUAUGAAACCUGAACACAUACAGCGAUUGACAUACAAGCUAUGUCAUUUGUACUACAAUUGGCCAGGCACUAUAAAAAUUCCAGCUCCUUGUCAAUAUGCACACAAACUUGUUUCUCUUGUUGGUCAAAAUAUACAGCUAGAACCACAUCAAUCGCUUGCUGAUACAUUAUAUUACUUGUAAGUUAUUUUUAUCUGUGACUGAUUUACUUUCCUAAACAAUUGUUGAUUAAAGCUGUGUAUCAUACAACUCAUUAUAAAUCAUAGAUAAUUCUAAGACAAAACAAAUAGGCAUUUAUUAGAUUAAUUUGAUACAAAGAAUCAAUAUAUUCAUACUCACAACUGACUGAAAUAUAAAUUUGAAAAGUAUUAUGAUGAAAGAUAAAGCUAUUUUUUUUUUAAUGUGAUAUUAAGUCGGUUUAUUUAGUCUAUAUUAAUAAUAUAGUAUAUAUAUAUAUAUAUUUAAUAUAUAAAAAUAAUAUAGUAUUAACAAAUAUAUAUAAUAGUACUUAAUAAAUUUUUUAAUAAUAUAACUCAUAUAUUAUAUUUUUUCACGUUGUUCGGCGAUAGUAAUUUUUGAAACGUUGAAAAUAUUUGAAUAAGUAUACUUUAUAUAAUAUAAUUAUAUGAUAUCGAUGUAUAUUUUAUAUCAUUGCCAUAUAUAUUUUUCAAUCAUUAUGUAUAAAAUUAAGAUAUCUUUUAACAAAAUAA